UAGGCGAUACCACCGCGCUCCGGAGUGAGUUGUCGAGACCCCCUUCCAUGGUCGACACACCUUCACUAGGUGAAACAAACACGGCAUGCUAUAUUUGACUUUAGUCAGUCUUUAGAGCGAUUAUAAUAACCAGCUACGCUCGUAAAAAUUCGCGACGCAACAAGGAAUCUACGCCCGCCCACGCCUACUUGUGAUAAUAAAAGGAAUAAGGUGAUAGUGCCGCGCCAGGCCGCCAGUGUGUCAUGUAAAUUACAGGUGCAUUCCAAUCGAAUCCUUACAUCGAAUAUCGAUUCGAAGACGUCCCUUGGCCUCGUGCGAAUCCAAAUGCCGUCAUGCGCGUCUCCUUCGCCGUGAUCUUUGGUGGUUUUCUGUGAUGUUCUGUGCUAAGAUGUUAUUUUUGUGAUAUGGCGGAGCCGAAGCCUCUUUAUUCAACAUGCGUGGCAGUCUUGGGCUUCAUAUGCUUCAUUAUUGGCGCAACUGCGGUCUUCAUUCCGGUGUGGGGCUAUUUUGACACCGCUAACGGAAGUGGUGGAGAAGACAAUGGUUAUUUUGGACCAUGGAAGACCUGUAAAAUAUUGAUGUACAAUAGAGAGAGAUGCGGGACCAAUGUCUCUAAAUUCAGACCAAAAGGCACUGUAUGGGUGGCAGGAUUGUUGGCAUCUAUUGGAGUCGCCGUUCUAGGUGUUUUCUGUUUACUGAGCGUCCUACAGCUAGCCAUGAUAAGCUCGAAGGAAAAAGUCGUCAUCAAGUAUACUUUCGCAGUAGUGACGAAAGUUGUCAUGGCCCUUAUUGCUACUUUGCUGGCUAUUGCUUCUGCUGGCCUGUUCGCUCUGCAGACAGAUGAUAGAUCAACGAAUGGCUUUCAAAUAUCGAGGGGUCCAUCAUUUUAUAUAAUCAUUCUUCUGAUUGUACUGGACUCAGUGUUGUUUGGAAUGUCCAUAUAUGAUAUGCUCUUUGCAAAACGAAGAGGAGGUGAUCCAACAGAAACUCCAAUGCCUACACAAGCCACAACCUAUGGCAAUCCAGGUUUCAGAGAAAGGGGAUCUAAUGGUGGAGGAAUCUCCAUGACUGAUGCCAGCGGCAAACCAUACACAGCAGCUUCGAACGGCAGUAUGGCCUCUAUGAACACGACGUCCACAACAUUGGGUUCAACUAACGGCUCUACCGUUGGAUCUUCCAUAACACGUUCACCUUUGAGGUCAAGUCUGAAGAAACCGAGGCCCAAGCAAGAGGGUGGACUCGGCAUACAGAAUCCAGGAUUCUCUGGAACAUCACCGACGAUGGGAAGAAACGGAAGCAUGAAGAAAGUAAGGAUACAGACACAAAGUACAGAAGUGUAGUCGCAGUAAGGGACGAUGGUUUUGUGAAAUGUGCUGUUAGACUCCCAGAAGAAGUGUUCUGUGGUUACGAGGAUCUUUGCUGAAUGCAAAAUGUUCAAAUGACUUUCUAUGAUUUAAUCUCAGAUCAUACAUAAUAAUCGUUCGAGAAAAAUGAUACUCUGGAGGUUAUCAUCAUUGGUGCUUUAAAUAGAAAUUAUUCCGUCCAUGCGAAAUUGUAAACGCUCCUGCGUUUGAUGUUUUAUGUUUUUUCAUAUUUAUAUAUUUUAUUUGUCACUCUAAGAGUGUCAUCUUUAUUUAUGUUGACCAUUGCUGUUGUUUUUGAAGUACUGCACGUCGUGAAGACUAUCGCAAGACCAUUUAUUGAAAAUGAAAACGAAGCUGAGUGCCACACAAGAAUCCAUUAUGUUUCAUGUUUGUUUGUAUUUACUUUUUCGAUUUGACAUAUUUGAAAGUGGAUAUGAAUUAUCCCUGUAUCGUGAAAACAUUACGACUUUGAUGUUGUGCACUAUUUUGUGUUGAAUAAAGGAUGAAAUUCCCAAUAUAUAUUUAUUAUUGUAUAUUGUUUAAUAGUUGAUUUCUGUGAAAGAUUUUUAUUAUCUUUAUUUGAAAACAACUAAAGAAAUGAUCUGUUAUUUUUGUAUAUACUUGAUAAUCACAAAGCAGAUAGUCACUUAGGUACCAUGAACUGUUAGAGAUAAUUAGCUGUAUUUAUUCUCCAAUUUUAUUGUACCUUUUAUUGUGAUACUCUCAAAUCAUAUAAAAUACAUCCUUCUCA